AUGCAUCUAUUUUUCGUGUUUUUUGCAUUGAUUCAAAUUGGAUUGAGAGAAUUCGCACCCGCUCCUCCAGUCGGCACCAUUCUCGAGAACGUCGACGACACUCCAUGCGAGAAUAUCAAAUGUUACGGACAGAACGAGUGCAAAAUGGUACAGACCUACUGUAAUGCAACAUCUUUGGAUCUAUGCCCACCUGCACCAUUGUGUACUAUUGUUAUUCUGAAAGAGAAUUGA